AUGGAGCACAGUCACUAUCUCCCCAAUCAGAUGGAUUCCGACUUAUCGCACGAGGUCGACGAACAUGAAGGUCCAAGGUAUGAUUAUACACUCCCACCCAUCCAUCGGACCGAAUCGGCUUCUUCCUCUUCAGCAGCCUAUCACCCAUCUCACGGCCAGAAUGUACAUGACUUGUCACUAUCCACUACGGGAAACGCAAAAUCACAUCCGACAAAGAAAAGAUCCGCUCCCGAGGGAGGUCAUGCAGACCGACAACCUACUAAAAAUAAAUCAUCUAACAAAAAGGACGAUGAAAGUUCGAAUAAUACCCCGCGGAGAGCCGCCCAGGCAUGUCUGAGAUGUCGAAAGCAGAAAUUGAAAUGCAUCGGUGGAUGGCCUUGUGAUAGAUGUACGAAAUCCAAAAACCUUUGUGAUUUCGGUAGACCAGGUAUAGCUGGUAAUACAUCUUCAUCUUCAUCUACGAAUUUACUCCAGGGAGGAAAUGGAUCAGAGGCGAAUGCUAGAUUAGAACAAUUGGAAAGUAGCGUUGCGAAUUUGCUGGCUGGAUUAGCAGGAUCGAAUGGACAUGGAUCUUCAAGCAAAACUGGUUAUCCGAAUCAUGAAUUGUUACACACAUUCGAUCCAGUAAAGAAAAGACAGGAAACAUUACAAACUGAAUCCGGAGCACCUUAUCAUCCUUCCGGAUCGCAAUAUACUCAAAGUAUCCCUCCUCCCACGCAUGUCAAAACCUUAGAUCCACCCAGAAGAACUAUGUCGACUUCAUCUUUCUCGAAUAACAAUAAUAAUAACCUUCCAACCACAUCGAUGUCACCCGAUGAUUUACAUUCAAACCCGAUCGGACUAUCCCAAAAUCACGUACGGUUCACUUCUUCUCCCAACAUGACGUCUUUCAUAUCUGGUAAUAACCAAAAUCAUCAGUCGCCCUCGGGAUUAUCAUCAAAUGGUGCAGGACCCAGUCCGGCAAGUGCCAAUACUGUAGGAACAGGAGUCGGGAGCGUUAGCGUCAGUAGUGCGGAUCUCUUGAAAGAACCGCUGGUGAAGAAGCGAAAGGGUAAAGGUCAAAAGGCAGAGGAGAGAUUGGCAGCUGCUACAGAUGGUGAUUUCGCUGAGCCUCCCUUCAAAGCUCUGGUGUACCAGCCAGCUGUAUGGGACAACAGGGAGCAAUCAAGAAGAAAUUCCCCGCAACCUAGUCAAUCUACAAGUCGUGAUGAAAUACCUCCUGGAACAUACGAAAGAAGAUUCAUGAACGACAGAGAUGAUCCUGUAAAUACUGAAUUGGUGGACUUGCAAAUGGCCGAGACGUUAUUUGGAUUCUUCAUCGACCAUUGCCAUCCGUUCUUGCCGAUCGUCAACGUUGCUCUGGACGACGCAUUCAACACCAUCAGACAGUCGCCUUUCCUGAUCUCGGCGAUCAUAGCGGUGGCUGCUCGGUUCUACAUCAAGUUCACUUCCAGAUCGCCAGGGGCGAUGCCGGAACUCGAUCAAUCUGUUCCACCUCGACUUGCCAAUCUAGCUGAGUCGCACCUUAGCAACACCCUAUUGAGGAAACAACAUGCUUUAUCGGAUGUGCAGGCUGUGUUGCUUCUAUCAGCAUGGGGAUUGCAAUCCGGUGGGCGCGGCCCGGAUGCUUGGGUCGUAACGGGCCACGCAGCUAGAAUAGCUCGAAGGUUAGGUGUACAUAAGCUGUUGGGGCAAGCGGCAGAGAUCGCUAGAUUGACUCGACCUGGAACUUUGGAAUGGGAAAGACUCGAACAGUUCAUGCCUCAAUGGAGAACUUGGUUGUGUUGGUUUUGCUUCGACGGUUUCCUCUCCCUGGGAUUCGGCCGUCCGCAAUCGACGCAAUUUGAAACAGUUGACGAACAGGGCUUUCUCCAACUUCGGAUAAACCAAGCUAUACCCAGACCUGGCUCGACACCUUCCAUAUCGCUUUACGGUGACGUCUACAUCGCUGGACAAGUGCAGCUCACUCAGAUAGGAAGAGAUUUGAUCAACUGGGGAGAGAUGUUGGCUGAUCCGAGAUCGGCUUUGUGGGCGGAUCCAAAGAGAGCGGACAUGUUCCAUGAUAAAGAAUUGAACGUUAGGACGAUGUUUAAAGACUUGAAUAAGCGAUUGGACGAUUGGAGCAAAUUAUGGGUUUGGAGCGGCUCCCCAUACACUCUGUAUCUAGGCUCGUCAGCACGUAUAGCAAGACUUCAAGCCGAUCAUAUGCGAUUAUGUCUAAAUUCCUUUGCCCUCAAAUCCGGUCCUGAAGGAGAUGAAGUAGUUGCUCAAUGUCUGAAGAGAGCUCUUACCGCUGCUAUGUCGACUAUCCAAACUCAUCAUGAGAGUAGUCAAACGGAUCUUGCGCUGAGUUUUGCAACUGAUUAUUUGACAAUAACCUUGGCGCAAGCUGCAGUCUUCCUGGUUAGGAUAGCGAAGUCUUCACCAGCCGUACUUCAAGUGGUGAAUAUUGAACUAUCAGUGAUCUCAUAUUACUUGAAAAUGAGUAUAGAAUUGUUAGAAGUUGGUGAAUUGAGUGAAACUAGAUUAUCAACCUAUCUAUCAAAGACCAUAAGGGAUAUUGCCAGAGCUGCGGACAUCACGGGAAUAGGGUUCGUUACUGCUCCCCCUAUUCGAGGAUAUGGCGGUGGAUUGGAGAAAGAGCGGAGUGAAGAGGGUGUUGAGAGUCGCCCACAAUCAUCUCACGCCACCGGUGGACCUAUGGAUCCACUAUCUGCCUCCAAUGUCCAAGACCCCUCAAAUGACCUAACGGCAUUCGAAAUGGAAUCAUUCCUUCAAUUUGAAAAUCAAUUAGAUCUGGGUUAUCUAUUAGGUCUACCAGGCGACGGAUCAGCCUUGUUACCCAAUACUCAACAACCUACGACUCACAAUACCGGUUCAACCCCCAAUCUGAAUAACAGCAAUAAUCCCAACAGCAGUAUUAAUAUCAAUUACAAUACCAAUGGUACUAGCAAUAGUAGCAUUGCGAUGUUUGGUGAUACUGCAAGUACCCCCCCGAAUCUUGGGGCAGGAGGGUUCAAUGCGGAAUUCGCGUUUGGGAUGAACGGUAUAGGUAAUUUUGAUUUCGGACUGAGUGGGAGUGGUCGGUUUGGCGAUGGUGAUGGUGGGAAUGAGAAUGAUGGUGGUGAGUAG